AUGCGGCGUUAGUCCAGGAGCCAUGGAUAGCAUCGGGAAACGUGGUAUCUGGACUAAAGUCGCAAACAUACUACACGCACAUCCCGAGUGCAACAAAUAGGACGACCUGACGGAGGUAGCUGUGAAGGAUGGCAAGGAUGACACAAUACUCCUUGCAUCUUGUUACAUGCCUCACGAUGAGGAGGCGCCACCAAGCGGACUCCGGAGGUUGGUGGCAGAGGCCGAGAAGGUGAAACGUCCACUCGUCAUAGGCGCGGAUACCAAUGCGCACAAUACGGUAUUGGGGAGUGGAGGUACCAACGAAAGGGGUUUGGAAUCAUUGCCGACCGAGUUGGAACGCAACUUUAAAUUAAUGCGGAAAUUAGAUGACCGUGCCCAAACCGCUAUGAAGAGCAUCGAUUCGCGAGCAAAAGAAUUCAUGCAUAAGCUUGCAGCAAAUGGUGGUUGCACUAUGGCAGACGAAGAGCGCAAGGAGCGCCUAAUGGACAUUCAAGCCCUCUUUGGCAAAGCAAAGGAAUAUAGUGAUGACAAAGUGCAAUUGGCCAUACAGACAUACGAAUUGGUAGAUAAACAAAUACGUCGUCUUGACAAUGAUUUAGCACGCUUCGAAGGGGAAAUACAGGAAAAAGCAUCAUCAACGCGUAGCAAGUCUGAGGAAGCUGUGGUAAAAAAGGGACGAAAGAAAACAAAGGAUACAAAAACGUCAGGAAAGCGAAAGCGAACCGGUUCCUCGGAUGAAGAUGCACGCACAAACGCAGCAAACGUUACCUCAGCUGGAAGUGGUGGUGGAGCUAGUGGUGGAGGGCAAGGUAGCAAAAAGAAAAGGGCGAAGGUAAAUCAAGAAAAAGAAACACGCAAGGGGGGUCAAAAGAAAAAUGCCGAUAUCGAGGAUUCUGAAAAGGAGUCAUGCUUAACAGCCGCUACUCAUCCCAGUGAUGUGUUAGAUAUGCCAGUGGAUCCAAAUGAACCUACGUACUGCUUGUGUCACCAGGUUUCAUAUGGUGAAAUGAUUGGCUGUGACAAUCCUGAUUGCCCAAUCGAAUGGUUCCACUUCGCAUGUGUUGGUCUAACAACGAAACCCAAAGGAAAAUGGUUUUGCCCGAAGUGUACUCAGGAUAGAAAAAAGAAAUAAUUAUUCACAAACCGGUCAUCGGAAGGCUCACGUAAUUCAGUUUUAUCAGUACCAUCUUUAAAGUUUAUAUAUUUUUGUAUGAUUUAUUAAUAACUAUUAUAAGAAUGUAAAUGAUUUUGUAUCCAAAAUUUCUUAUAUUUCAUCUUACAAUCAAAGACAUUUACGCUGCUCGUUUAAAAAUGGUUACAGAAAAUAUGUAUAACUAAGAACUAAGAACUAGAAAUAAUUUUAAAUGGAAAAAUCCAAACUUUAUCGUCAGCAUCUUGAAUCAAUCGGCCUUAUAGGGAACUCCGUGUGAACAAUUUUUCCCAAAAAUUAUAAAGUAAAACAAGAACAAUUUUUCCCAAUUUGUUUUUGUUUUGCUUGUAAAAUGUUGUGAAAAUUUUUUUCACAUGUAAUUAACGAUAGGGCUGAAUGUUUUGAUUUCAACAGCUGGGAAAAUACUUGGCUUUUUUUUUUUAAGAAAUAAUAUAAAAAAAGACCUGUACACAACUAAGAAGAGUAACAGCAGCAGGAAAUUUUAAGUUUUCGGUCUAAACGCGCAAUUCUCAAAAUGUCUGCUAGGUUGAAUUAAUAAAUGAUGUCUCCUUUAUAAAGGCCAUGAAGUUUA